GCCCGGGUGGCAAGAGACCGGCGCGCUGUGUGGAGUGCGGGAACCGCUGGGGUGUCGUGACCGCGAGCGAGCCAGGCCGGGAUGGCAGCGCCGCUCGCUCGGCACCGGGGAGCCGGGGCUGCGGGCCAGCACCGGCUGGUGCUGCUUUGGAUGCUGUUGCUGGUGCCGCUGCUGGCGCGGCCCGCGGCGGCCCUGGUGGAGGGGCUGUACUGCGGCGCGCGGGACUGCUACGAGGUGCUGGGCGUGAGCCGCUCGGCCACCAAGGCCGAGAUCGCGCGGGCCUACCGCCAGCUGGCCCGGCGCUACCACCCCGACCGCUACCGGCCCGAGCCCGGCGACGAGGGCCCCGGGCGGGCGCCGCCCAGCGCCGAGGCUUUCCUGCUGGUAGCGACCGCCUACGAGACUCUCAAGGAUGAAGAAACACGGAAAGAUUAUGACUACAUGCUGGAUCAUCCAGAAGAAUAUUACAGCCAUUACUAUCACUACUAUAGCAGGCGCUUAGCCCCUAAAGUGGAUGUUAGGAUAGUAAUUUUGGUCAGUGUGUGUGCUAUUUCUAUGUUUCAGUACUUCAGCUGGUGGAAUAGCUACAAUAAAGCAAUCAGCUACCUAGCCACAGUGCCCAAGUACCGCAUCCAGGCAACAGAGAUCGCCAAGCAGCAGGGACUGCUCAGAAAAGCCAAAGAAAAAGGCAGAAACAAGAAAUCCAAAGAGGAAGUUCGUGACGAGGAGGAGAACAUCAUAAAGAACAUUAUAAAAAGUAAAAUUGAUAUAAAAGGAGGCUACCAGAAACCUCAAAUACGAGAUCUGCUGCUGUUCCAAAUCCUUUUAGCUCCCCUUCACCUGUGCUCCUACAUGGCCUGGUAUUGCCGGUGGAUCUAUAAUUUUAACAUCAAAGGCAAAGAAUAUGGGGAGGAAGAGAGACUAUACAUCAUUCGUAAGUCUAUGAAAAUGUCACAAUCCCAGUUUGAUAGUCUAGAAGACCAUCAGAAAGAAACUUUCCUUAAACGGGAGCUCUGGAUAAAGGAGAAUUAUGAGGUCUACAAACAAGAACAAGAGGAAGAAUUAAAGAAAAAAUUGGCAAAUGACCCUCGAUGGAAGAGAUACCGGAGAUGGAUGAAGAAUGAGGGCCCUGGGCGGCUCACAUUUGUGGAUGACUAAAGACGGCCAGAAGCCAAAGGCCAGCAUCUGCUCACCUUCAUUGUGAUGUGCUUCCCAUAACAAAUGUACCAGCUGUUUCUCAGCAGUAACCGAAAUUUGCCAAAUACUUGAUUAAACAGAAUAAUGUAGAAGUGUCAACCUUCCCUUCCAACUGUUUCUCAGCAGUAAAAGAAAUUUGCCAAAUAUUUUGAUUAAACAGAAUAAUGUAGACGUUUCAGCCUUCCCUUCAAACUUUAUACCUAAGACAUUUAUGAAGCUCAAUUUUUAUAAUCUCGUUGUGAAUUUGUUAAAAGAUUUGACAUGAGAAUUUAUUAGUUGCCAUUAAAAAUUUUAUAUGUUUAGUUACAAUUUUUGACAUGAAAAUUUCUUAGAUACCAUUUAAACAUUUUGUGUCUUAAGUGUUUGUUCUUUAAUACGAGUGUUUCCUUAUUGGUCAUACAUUUUUCUGCUUUAAUGGCCUCUAUAUUUUCACAAAAUGGAAGGAAACAAUAGCAGCAUUUAACUAUAUUAUCGUGUCUUUCUGGACACAUUUCUUUAGUAGAAUUUUUCAACACUCAUGUUGUCUUCCUAAGUCAUUAUAGGAUUGAGUAUAUUCAAAACAACCUCUCAAGGAGAGUCUUUUGCUAGGACUCCUGCUGUCUCACCGCCCCAUAAUCUCAGCACUCGUGCUAAGAUCCGAGGCUCUCCACGAGAGUAGUCUACCCUCUGUCCUUGUAGGAUGAUCUCAUUACAGUCUCAUUUAUAGGACUAAACUGUAUGUGCAAAAUUUCUGCAGAAGGGAACCUAUAAAAAACAAUCUUUUGCACCAUAGGAUUGGUCUUUUUUUUUUUUUUUUAAAUCCUCUCACAAGAACAGAAAAAAUAUACUGGGAAGUUGUUCAUAUAAAGUUCUUAAGUGGUGAAAAUUCCAUUGUACAUGAGAGCAUUUACAUGCAUUUAAACUAGAAAGAAAAUAUGCAUGUCUGUGUGCUGUUCUCUCACCCACUGAAAUAUAUAAAUGUUUUUAUACCUGUGGAAAAGCAAAUGAAACAUUUUGACUGAAUCACACAUGGUACGGCACCUGAGUAUUAAUAAUCCGUCAUGGUAGUGAAUCAGUAUUCCUACUGUUCCAUCUUAAUAAAAUGGUUGCAAUAUGUCA